AUGUCGGACCCUCCACGUCAGCUAGCUGCAGCGCGUGCUCUUCGCGAAAUUGCACGCGACUUCGAGGGAAGCCGCCCGGCCAUGGUGGAAGCGGGGGCUGUUUCCGCGUUGCUUCCGCUUCUGGGACCCAGUGAAACCUCGCAAUGUCAGCAACGAGAGGUUGAAUGUGGUGGUGGGGGGAGUUCAGGAAGGAAUACCCAGGAAGAUGGAUCGGCAGGAGCAGCAGCAGCAGCAGGCGUAGGUUCGGGAGAAGUUUCUAGAGCAGCAGUGAUGGAGGAAGCAAUAACCGCCUUACUGAAUCUGUCCAUCCAUCCAAAAUCUCGCGCACUCAUGCCCUUCUUGGGGGUUAUUCCGCAUCUAAUCCGUGUGGCUGGGAGUGCGGAGAGCAUGAGUGCACGGGAAACUGCUGCUGCUACACUGUUUAGCUUAUCUGCUGAAGACGAGAAUAAGGUGAUGAUGAUUGACGAGGGUGCUGUUCCGCCGCUGCUGGAGCUUUUAAACAAGUCAGCUUGUAGUGAGCAGGGAAGACGGGAUGCCUGCAAAGCGCUGUUCAACCUUUCCAUGCUGAACUCGAAGCGGCAGCAGUUGAUAGAAGCCGGUGCUGUGCCUACCCUUCUGGGGCUGCUAUCUGAACCUGCAUCGGCCCUUGCAGAGAAAGCUAUGGCCGCUAUUUCAAACCUCUCAUCCGAAGCCGAUGGCAGGGCUGCUAUUAUGGAGGAUGAAGAUGAUGGCCUUGGGGCUUUGGUGGAGGUUUUGGAGACAGGUACACCAAGGGGGAGGGAGUUUGCAGUUGCUGCUUUAUGGCAGAUCGCAAGCAACAAUGAGGAGCACAGGAGGUUGAUUCUUGGGGAGGCGUUGUUGCCUUCAGUAAAUGGUCUACUACAGACUGGCACUCCCAGAGCUAAAGAGAAGGCAAAACUGCUGCUGACUAAUUUGCGUGGGGUAUAA